AUGACCUACUUCAGCCAUUUGGGCACCAUGCUGCUGUCUGACAGUCUGGCCACCAUCGGAGGCUUGUCAGUGGAUUUAAGAAGAUAUGGCCAAUGGGCGGUGGUGACAGGUGCCACUUCUGGCAUUGGUAAAGCUUAUGCCACUGAGUUGGCACGCAGAGGUCUGGACAUCGUGUUGGUGAGUCGAUCAGAAGAUAAACUUCAACAAGUGGCUAAAGAGAUAGAUGAGAUUUACGGGCGAAAGACUGUCAUUGUUCAGGUGGACUUUGCUGAUGGACACAACAUCUACCCUAAAAUUGAAAAGGCACUGCAAGAUCUGGAGAUAGGCAUCCUUGUUAAUAAUGUCGGGAUUGCUUAUUCAAAAAACUUUGCCUUUUUCCUGGAGACAUCUGACGCUCACAAGAAAAUCGCAAACAUUGUCAACUGUAACAUGCUGUCCGUCCCUCAGAUGAGCAAGCUUGUUCUUCCACUAAUGGUCUCACGGGGGAGAGGUCUGAUUAUUAACAUCUCAUCUGAAACUGGCGUUCGCCCGCACCCUCUGCUCACUCUAUAUUCUGCAACAAAGCUUUUUGUCACAUAUUUUUCUCAGUGUCUUCAUGCAGAGUAUAAAUCAAAAGGAAUAAUUGUUCAGUGCGUGGCCCCUUGCAUGGUGUCCACUAACAUGACGAAACACACCGCUGUCAGCUGUAUGAGUAAAAGUGCUCAAGAGUUUGUUGAUGAAGCUUUAAACACUGUGGGUUACUCCACAUACACCAGUGGCUGCCUGUCCCAUGCACUGCAGAGUGUGGCUCUCACGGUUUUGUUGCCCGACUGGCUGCGAAUGUCCUCCGUCUUCAUCAGACUGUUAAGAAAAAUAUCGGAUGUGAGCCCAUCCCAUAAAGAAAAACUGAAGCUUAUGCAAAAGGAAGAAUAA